CAAAUCAUUCAUCGCUGUGCCUACCGGCAAGUCGGUAGUAUUCUUACUUGCGGUAUCACUAUCCGAAAGCGAUGCGAUUACUCAAUCACCCGGUGCAACUCGCGCCGCUGAUCCUGGCGGUGUUCUUCGGAAUCAACGCAUGCAUCGCCUGCGAUGGUCCCGCCUCGGCCGCGGCGAGCAACAAGGCCCGCUACGACCAGUUCCGCAUUUACCGGGUGUUCCUGGAGACGGACGAACAGGUUGGAAUUAUGCAGCAGCUGGAGAACCGCAGCGACAGCUACCAGUUUAUGGGCCGCCGGAACCCGAACCAGAACCUGUCGAUUAUGGUUGCGCCGCAGAAGAUCGCCGAGAUAACCGAUCUGAUGGACCGGUUUCAGAUUCAGGGGCAGGUGUUGUUGUACAACAUCCAAGAGCUGAUCGAUGCGCAGGAGUUGACGGUUAUGCCAAAGGGAACUGCUCCGGAACAGUUUGAUUGGACGCAUUACUUCCACCUCGAUACGAUCCACAAGUGGCUUGAUCUGCAAGCUUCAAAGUAUCCGGAUCUCUUGACCGUUAUCCCGCUGCAAGCGAGUUACGAACGCAAUCUCAUCAAAGGAGUAAAGCUGUCUGCAAAACCCGGUAAUACCGCUGUCUUUGUCGAAUGCGGAAUCCACGCUCGAGAGUGGAUCUCCCCGGCGGUUUGCACGUACAUCCUGAACCAGCUACUUACCUCGGAGGCCCCCGAAGUCCACGACCUGGCCACCAACUUUGAUUGGUUCUUCUUCCCGGUGGUCAACCCGGACGGGUACAAGUACACCUUCGACGCGGAUCGCUUCUGGCGCAAAAACCGCCGUCCGUACGGGCUGUGCCGGGGAGUCGACCUGAAUCGGAACUUUGAGAGCAACUGGAAUGGCAUCGGAGCGAGUUCGGAUCCGUGUGCGUACGACUUUGCCGGAGGAUCUGCGGCCAGCGAGCCGGAAACCCAGGUCAUCCAGAACUUUGUCAAGCAAAACGCCCAAUCGGCGCGCAUCCGGACGUACUUCUCGAUGCACUCGUACUCCCAGCUGAUCAUGUUCCCGUACGGUUACACCACGGACCGGGUAGACAACUACGCCGACCUGGUAGCGAUUGGCGAACGUGGCUCGGAGGCGAUCCGUAACACCCACGGCAAGCAGUACCUGGCGGGGGCGAUGAUCGAAACGAUCUACCCGUCGUCGGGGGACAGCGUGGACUGGGCGUACGCCGAGUGUGGCGUUCCGGUGGCGUACACCUUUGAACUGCGAGGUCCGCCGGAGAGUACCAACAUGUUCAUCCUGCCGGCGGAGGAGAUCGCUCCAACAGGGGAGGAGACGCUGGCCGCGUACGUGGCGAUGCUGGGCGAAGCGAGGAAGCUGGGGUAUUAUGAUGGUGUGGGGCAGAAGGGAGAGUUGUAGAAUUGAGAUUCGUAGAUUUAAUAAAAGACUGGAAUUGUUA